CACAAUAAAGUUGACACGACUAAUUUAAAAAGUAGAAGUCACGUUUAAACAAUAACAUUUUAUUUUUGUCAUAAAGAUCUUGAAUAUACUGAUUUUAAAAUUAUAAUUGUAUUCUUUUGUUAACUUUUAAAUAAUAUUUGUAUUUUUCUACAUUUUAACGAAAUAAGGGAAAAUUCGUCAAUUCACCUAAAAUGUUUUUACCUCUAAAGUAAAGGAACUUUUUACCAGAAAUGUAAGAAAAUAUUUAAAUCUUAACUGUGUAAGGAAUUAAGCAUGCGUGUCAUUAAUUAGCAAUGAAAAUUAAGAAAAUUAAUCUCUAAGACUUUUUUAGAUCAUAUUGCUAGAGGAGAGUAAUUACUUCGCACUUAUUACAUAUUACAUCAAAGUUAAAAAUAUAAAUGAUCUGGCACUCAUACAUGUUUUUAAAAUUACUGGCAACAAACAAUUGGCCUCAACUCCGCUAGCCUUGUCUAUGCCAGAUUCAUUUAAAAGUUGAAACGUCACAUUGUUGAAGUAAAACUUUAGAAUACAAACAAACAUUUAAAUAUGUGUUGUGAAUAAUAUAAUAUUACUGAAUAAACUAUAUAUAAGGAUUCACUUUAAAAUUGUUAAAAGAUUAUUUUUUUAUUGAUAACUUAAGUUUAUUAAACAAAUAUAAUAGUUUAUAAAGUUGUGCUCAGUUAUUUUAAAAAACAUGGAAGGGCCUGGAAUGAGCCUCUUUCAAGGUGCUGCAAGCAUUCACAUUAACAAUAGUGUACAAGAUAGACUUGAGGAACAGGAGGAGUUAGAGGACAAAAAACGUUUAAACGAAGAGUUAAAGCACAAUUUACAAAAUGCAUUUGAUGAUCUCCAAGAUGAUGACGAGAACAGUUCUGUUAACAGUAGCGGCAACUACACGUUGGAUGCAACUCGCGCUAAUGGGGUGCAACACCCAAUUAGAAAUGUCCCACCUACAUAUGUGGAAUCACUUAAUCAUUUAAAAGAUAUUCAACAUAAUAUAGAUAUGUCGAAACCUUACUGCGAAACACCAAAAUCCCAUUUACAAUAUAUUAGAAGUCACGAAGAUGGAAUGGGCAUUCCUUUCAGCCCUUAUGGUGCUGGAGAUGGUCAAAACCAUUACUACCAUCAAGAUUACAGAGCACAUCACAAUGGUAUUACAAAUCUGGAUGCUAGACAGGAGUACAUGGAUUACGAACAGCUUAAAAUUAUGUAUGAGAGACGAAUUGAAGAAAGCCAACACUAUGCGGGUCAAAUAGAGAAAUUGGACAGUGAGAUUGAAAGCCUACGAGCCAGGCUACUGGCAGCUAUUCAGGACAAGGAAAAGGCAGAGUUAUCACUACAAGAGGCCCGCCAAUUAUUUACAUCAAGUAAGCAUAAGUCUAUAGAGUUGGAACAACAAAUGGCAGCGUUAGCCGAGAAGGUGACCGAAAGUGAAAAGGGAAAAGAACAAUUAAAAUUGGAGCUAAGGGCCGCAAAUAUGGCACUUCAGGAGUCACAAACUAGAUUACACACUAUGAAGGUGGCGCACUCUCAUGACACGGAUGCUUUAUUCAGAGAACAACAAGAUAGACAUAGAGAAGAAGUAGAGAGACUUCAAAAUGACCUUAUGAAAGCAAAAAAUAGACUCGAAGAGAAGGAGAACGAAGUAAAGCUUCUAGAGAAGCGCUGUAUGGAAAGGGAUAGAGAGAAGGAAGAUAUACUCAUAGACAAAGGAGCAACCAUCAACAGACUCGCCGCGGAGUUACAGGAGGCGCAGAAAAAACUACUCAACGGAGACUCUACGCGGCUUAAAGAAAAGAUUCUACAACUUACCACAGAGAGGAACACCGCGAGGAUGCAAGUUAAGGAGCUGGGGUCAAAAUUAGAAUUAACAGCACACGAACUAUCUCAAUGUAGGAACAAAGUGAUGUCCUGUCAACGCGAAUAUGAAAACUGGAGGGCAUCGUUGAGCCAAAUAUUAAAAGACGCGCUCCCAGAUAACAGUUACAACAUAGGCGAUCCUCCGUCCCCGGGCAAGCUGGCAACACUUAAAGAAGUAUUGAGCCGCAACAAACAACAGCUGCAAAAACUUAAUACAUUGCAAGAAGAAAUAACGAAGAGGGACAUGAAACUCGAACAGCAAAGAAAACAAGAAUCCGAGCUGAGAUCUAAGUUAGAGGAAAAAAUGGGCUUAGAAUUACAACUGACAUCCCGACUCGCUGUACUACAGAAUAAGAUCGACCUGUUUGAAGCCAACUCAGAUUCAGAUAUAUUGUUGAAGUAUAAGGAACAAAACGAACAGCUGAGGGUCGACGCUGACAACUUGAGGGAUGAGAUUAAAAAACUUGAACUAAAGAACACUGAAUUGGAGAUGGACUAUGAGAAACUUAAGAAUGAAAAGGGCAGUCGCGCGUCGCUCGUACAAGAAGCUAACGUUGAUCUAUUGAGAGAACUCGAAAAAAAUAACAACACGCUCAAAGACACGCUCAGAGAAAACGGGGAGUUGAAGACGCUAUACAUACAGGUGUGCAGCGAAAGAGAUGCAGCCUCGAGGGAAUUGAAAGAAGUACAAACAAAAACACAACGCGAAUUAGAACACUAUAAGUCCGAAGAAAGAGAUUACGUCGGAAGAAUAGAGAGAGAGAAGAGACAGGUCGAGAAACUGACCUCCGACCUCAACAGUACCAAGGAAGAGUUGGACAGAGCCAACAAGAGAAUAUCCGAGCUGCAGAAGAUGUUCACGGACAAACAGAAGGAAUUCACUGACAAAUUGAAUAAAUUCUUGGAAGAUGAGAAAACGUCUAUGCGCAAAGAGAUCCAACCGUGCAUGCAAUGCGAAAAGCAAUUGACACAUAUAAGAAAUCUAGAAGAACAACUCAACAAGUGUAACAUAAAAUUAGUGUCCCAACAAAGUAAUGAGACGUUGAUGAAGGAGUUGAAAGAUAAAGCGGAAUUCUUCCAAAGCUACAUCAUGGAGAGAUACAAGAAGCUUUGUGACCUUAGGUCGGUGGCCACCAACACGGAGGAGGACAGGGACAGGGAAGAAGUUGGUAGUGCGGUACAUGAUAAUGAAGAGCUCGAUGAUAAGAUGGCGCUAAUGAUGAAAGAGAAAGCUAUUAGAGAUCAAAUAGCCGAGAAAUUCACGUUGGAAAUAAAAACUAUUGAAAUGAAUUGCGCCAGGCGUCUCAAGGAAAUGGAAACAGAGAAUCUCAACACCGUGACCAAGUUAAAGGAACUACUGGAGAGGAAGGCUAAGGAGGUGGACACGAUGAAGGAGUUCAUAUUAUCAGAGAGGUCAAAGGUCACGCAGAUAUUAGAAGCUAAGGAGAACGAAAUAUCAGAAAUCAUUAAGGAUCAUAAUCAGCUGCAGAAACAAUUGAACAACGCUAAAGAUGAAGUCGCAGAAUGGAGGCACACGGCUGAGAAAUAUUUAAAGAGAUUAAUGAGAUUGGGAUCCGUAGAAGAUGUUCUGAAAAAGGAGAAAGAAGACUGGAAACAGAAGAACUCAUCGAGCACCAAGGAGUGCCAGUCGCUUAAGAAUAUGGUAGUCGAACUACAGUCUAAUCUGACACAAGUUGAGGAGAAGUACGCUAAAAUACAAUCCGACUACCAAAUACUACAGGAGAAAUAUAAAAACGCCAAGAGAACGGUAUUGACUUAUAAGGAUUACAUUACAAAAAAGGAUACUCACAUAAACAACGAAAUGAACAGGAUACAAGACGAGUACAGAAAAAUAUUCGUUAAAUUACAAAAUCAAAUUAACUAUUACGUGAACUGUAGAGUUCAAGAAGAAAGGAAAAUCAAAGACAAGGGACAGAUGUCACAGACUAAAGCACCGGUAGAUUACACUGAGAAGAUGAAAGAGUUAUCUGAUGACUUCGCUCGUCUUGCCCGUAGCAACUUCAAGGAAUCUCCGGACAGUCCUCAUUGACACAAAAUAUUUUAGUAUAAUGCUUAUUUUUCAGUCACACAAGAAGCAACAUUAAAAUGUGUGCUUAGUACGAGUUUCCAGUGCUAACUUUAACACUGACAAUUUUAAAUAACAAUUAUUUUUACAUACAUUGAUAGAAUGAUUUAUUUUAAAGGUAUUAUGUCGUUUGUAUACAGAAUUUAUACCAUAUUUCUAUAAAGCUAUGCCAAGGUAACUGUUAGGAGGAUAGCAAGAAUGAGAUAAAAUAGUUUUAAUUAAUUAAAAUUAUUAAUAUCUUGUUACUUGGUGAUAAAAAUUUCUGUACCGAGAACAACAAAUCCAUCCUUCUGUUCUAAGUGAAUUUCUUUUCCCUUGUUUAAGUUUUUACUCUAAAAUUAUUUCUCCAACUUUAAAAAACAUGCUUGGAAUAUCCUUGAUCCUUUUAAAGCAAUCUCUGAUAUAUACAUACAUCAAUAAAGUUAAAGUGAUAAAAUAAUCUCAUCAUGUUAUUAUAUAGUACUUUUGAGAAUACAUUUUCCUACUCUCAUACACUGAUGUUAAUCAAGACAUAGUGCAUACGGUGUCAAAUUGCACAAAUUUAUCAUUUGUCCUUUCUAAUUAACAUUUUAAUUUGAAAUCGUCAUAAAAAUUUAUAAAUUUCCUUUGAAACAGUAUUUUUAAAUAAUGACAUUCUGAUAAAAAAGCAAAUAUAAGAUAAAUUUUAUAAAAGACAAUAAUUCCACCGAUCUCUGUCCGUCCCAAUGUUUCUACUUUACUCUUAAAAUUUCAAAAACUAAUUAAAACUAUAAUAAAAUGUUAUAUAUUUUAUGAAACUAAUAGUUACAAUAAGAAUGAUUGAAAAACCAAGCCAUUGUUGACUACAAAGGGUGCCUUAUAAGUUUUAAGUAUGAUAGGGACACCAUGAUUUUUAUGUACAAAUUAUAUUUAAAUUGUUUUAAUUACUACUUAAUAAUUUAUAGUAUUUGUAUAUUUUUAUUCUCUAAUAAUAUUUUUAUAAUGUGAUAGACAUGUAAAUAUAGACAGUAUUAAAAGUUCAAACAUUGCCAUCACAUUCCUAGAAGAUUCCAGAAAUAGUUUGUUUUUUUUUUUAUUGUAUCGAAUUUAUUGAGUAUUGCUCAAACGUUGUUACUAUGAUAACUAUAUUGUGUUGUUUAUCUGUUUUGAACUAUUUGCAUUUUUAUUAAUUGAAUCGUUACUUAAUUAUUAAUAUGUAUUUUUUAAAUGUAUGUAAAUAAAACUAAUUGAAUUA